AUUGGUCUCCCGCAAUUGCACGGGCAUUGGACUAGUUUUCUCAUAAUUCCUGCUGCUGCUGCUGCUGCUUCGUUAAAGAACAAAUUGAAAUAACUUCCCGCUUCAAUUCUUCUACACUACGCAGCGCUACGGUUAACAAAACCUAACCCUAAGAGAACAAUGGGUCAUUGCUGGGAUAUUCUCAGACUACAGUUGUUCAGUAUAUUAUUGACAUUUCUAAGCAAGCAAAUUCGUCAAAUGAUGUUCUGGGCAGGCUAUCGGAGUUUGGAUUUUCAACGUCUUCGGGAACCCGUUCUUUCGCUGAGGAACUUUUUUCUAGAGUACCCCAUAAACAAUCUGGUUUAAAUAAUUAUCAAAAGCAAGAAAGGGAAGCCGCUAUGCUGGCAAGGAAGCAGACAACAUAUGCAAUAUUGGAUGCUGAUGAUGAUGACAACAACAAUGGUGAUGCCACUACUUCUGGACAGACAUCCUCAAUUACUGUUGCCACUGAACGUAGAAGAGAUGAGUCACAUAAGAAGCGAUUUAGGAAAAAGAUUGAAAGUGAAGAGGAUGAAGACAAUGAGGUCUCACAAGUGGUAAAUGAGAGAAAGGUUAAACAGAGGAUUUCCCAAGAUGAAGAGGAUGGUUCAGAGUCAGAGGAGGAAAGAUUGCAGGAUCAAAGGGAAAGGGAACAGUUAGAGCAAAAUAUAAGAGAACGCGAUGCUGCUGGAACUCGAAAUCUGACAGAGCCAAAGAUAACAAAGAAGGAGGCAGAAGAGGCAGUGCGAAGAUCACAUGCUUUGGAGGAAAAUGGAAUUGGCACUCUGAGAAACGUGUCUAGGCAAGAAUAUCUUAAGACAAGAGAGCAAAAAAAAAUGGAAGAACUCAGGGAUGAUAUAGAAGAUGAACAAUAUCUAUUUAAUGGUGUAAAGCUUACUGAAGCAGAAAAAAGUGCUCUAAGUUACAAGAAGCAAAUGUUUGAGCUUGUACAGAAGUCGUCAGAAGAUGUAGAUGAUACUACUGUGUAUAGAAUGCCAGAUGCAUAUGAUGAUCAAGUUAGGGGUGUUAAUCAGGAGAAGAGAUUUGGUGCGGUUCAUCAGCGUUAUGGAGAUGGUGGUUCCAGUAGCAAAAUGAACCCCUUCCGAGAACAGGAGGAAUGGGAAGAAUAUCAGAUUGGGAAAGCUUCUUUGAAGUUUGGCUCAAGGAACAAAAAACAGAUCUCUGAUGAUUAUCAGUUUGUGUUUGAAGACCAGAUUGAGUUUAUCAAGGCAUCAGUGAUGGAUGGUGACAAGUUUGAUGGUCAAUUACCAGCUGAUUCCCUAGAUAUUGCUAUGGAAAAAUCAGCUAUGGAGAAGAUUCAGGAGGAUCGAAAAAGUUUACCUAUAUACAAAUUCCGAGACGAUCUACUUGCGGCUAUUGAGAAGUAUCAGGUUCUUGUUAUAGUAGGAGAAACCGGUUCAGGGAAAACCACACAGAUACCACAAUAUCUUCACGAAGCUGGUUACACCAAGCGUGGAAAGGUCGGCUGUAUGCAGCCAAGGCGGGUUGCAGCUAUGAGUGUUUCUGCCAGGGUUUCCCAAGAAAUGGGCGUCAAGCUUGGGCAUGAGGUUGGCUACUCCAUUCGUUUUGAAGACUGCACUUCAGAAAAGACUGUAUUGAAAUACAUGACCGAUGGAAUGCUCAUGCGAGAAUUCCUUGGUGAGCCGGAUUUGGCAAGCUACAGUGUAGUAAUGGUGGAUGAGGCUCACGAGAGAACUUUGUCGACCGACAUUCUGUUUGGACUAGUUAAGGAUAUAGCCCGGUUUCGUCCUGAGUUGAAGUUGCUGAUCUCAAGUGCAACGCUUGAUGCUGAGAAAUUUAGCGAUUACUUUGAUGGAGCUAAUAUUUUUAAAAUUCCUGGCAGGAGGUUUCCUGUUGAGAUACACUACACAAAGUCACCAGAAGCUGAUUAUCUAGACGCAGCAAUUGUAACUGCCCUUCAAAUCCAUGUGACACAGCCACCUGGAGAUGUUUUAAUUUUCUUCACAGGUCAAGAGGAAAUAGAGACGGCUGAGGAGAUUUUGAAGCAUAGGACCCGAGGUUUGGGGACCAAAAUUGCAGAACUUAUCAUCUGCCCUAUAUAUGCAAAUUUACCAACUGAGCUUCAGUCCAAAAUAUUUGAUCCUACACCAGAAGGGGCCCGGAAGGUUGUCCUUGCAACCAAUAUUGCCGAAACAUCUUUAACAAUUGAUGGGAUAAAGUAUGUCAUUGAUCCUGGCUUUUGCAAGAUGAAAUCAUAUAACCCUAGGACAGGGAUGGAAUCUUUGUUAGUAACACCUAUUUCUAAAGCUUCAGCAAUGCAACGCGCUGGCCGCUCUGGUCGAACAGGUCCAGGAAAGUGUUUCCGGUUGUACACUGCCUACAAUUUCCAACAUGACUUGGAUGACAAUACGGUACCGGAAAUACAAAGAACAAACUUAGCUAAUGUUGUCCUCUCAUUGAAGAGUCUUGGAAUUCACGACUUGCUAAAUUUUGAUUUUAUGGACCCCCCACCAUCCGAGGCAUUACUAAAAGCCUUGGAACUCUUGUUUGCUCUAAGUGCACUAAAUAAACAUGGUGAGCUGACCAAAGUUGGUAGAAGAAUGGCUGACUUUCCACUCGAUCCCAUGCUAUCUAAAAUGAUUGUUGCUUCUGACAAGUACAAGUGUUCAGAUGAGAUAAUUUCUAUUGCUGCGAUGCUUUCUAUCGGAAAUUCAAUAUUCUAUCGUCCAAAAGACAAACAAGUUCAUGCUGACAAUGCCAGACUGAAUUUCCAUACUGGUAACCUGGGGGACCAUAUAGCUCUUCUGAAGGUGUAUAGCUCUUGGAAAGAAACUAACUACUCAACACAAUGGUGUUACGAGAAUUAUAUUCAGAUUUCUUUGGGCAAAAGGCUCGAUGUUUCCCUUUGACUAUUAUCGGAAAACUAUUUAACUCUUUGAAAUAUCAUUUAGACUAUUAAAACUUUAAAAUAGUCGAAGCCAAAUUAAACAACUCAUAUUUCUUUUAACACAUAUUAGACCAUAUGACAUGUUUAGGCUAUUUUUUAAAAAUAUCUAAAUGAAAAUGUUGUUUGGCCAAAAAAACAGAGAAAAUGAAAUCGAACCAUAUUGUCGUUUGGCCAAGUAAAAUUCUGCCCCACCCUAAAUAAUAUUUUUGGUUCCGCCACUACCCAAAGAACUCAUCUCAAUUAUAAACACAAAACAGAUGAUCUAGUCUCACAAAAAAUAAAUAAUAAAAAUGAUAUUAAUUGCAAGAGGUUGUCUACAUUCAAAGUAAAGCUUACUUUGUUCAUUUUUCACCAUUGGAUGAGUUAUUUUCACUUUCAUCGGGUGGUGAAAAUAACAAAGUAACUUAAAAACAAAGUAACUUAAAAACAAAGUAACUCUAGAAAAAUCCUAAUUUCAACUAAGAAAAGGAUACCUCUUCAUUAUAAAAGCAAUUUGGCACAACAACAUAAUUUUUUUGUUUAAUAAAUGUUCUUCUUCGUAUCUACAUUUGUGAGACUAUAUAUUUAUUUCUCCGGGAUGGAAAUUGUGGCUGUAUCUGAAUUUCGAGCUGGUUGCUGAACUUGUCUAUUGCUGUAUAAUGUGUCCUGUUCUCAUGAAAAUGUGGCAUGCAUGUUCAACCCCCUAAAUUCCCUUAGAUUGCAAUUUA